GGCGUGGCGUGUCUCCACGGCGCCUGCAGGGGGCGCUGUGGCGGCUGGUGUCGCCUCAGGGCGGGCUCCCGGUGCGGGGCGGCCGGUACCCGGGGAUUCGGCUGCUCCUCGUCCCCUCUCCUGUUCGCCUUGGGGGACCCCCGGGGUCUGCACCUUCCCUGCCCUCAGGCAUCAGCGGAGGGGCCGAUUCAUGGGGGUUACGCACUGCAGGGCGCUGUAGAAGCACUGCAUUGUGUUGCUAUCUGUGCUGUGUGUUUGGGAGAAAACCUAAUUAAUACUGACUAGAAAACUCACCCAAACACAAUGAUUUUUGAUGACAUGCUCUUCCAUGGAUUCAGCUACACUGGAGUGCAGGAGAAUCUUUGUAGCCAAUGAGUGAACAAUGCACCAAUUGUGGGAAAUCAGCCCAGUUUUGGCCACAAUAACUCUGUGCCUUCAAUACUGCCACUCCACCAUGGGAAUGCUGAAGGAAAUUAGUCUAGCAGCCCCCACGGCGAUAGGUACUUGGAAAAUAUCUAAGUGCUCAUGCAGUUUUUCCUUCCAACAGCAAACACCCACCUGUGUUUUCCAGAGCUGAUCUGUACAGAACACCUUGGAAAGCCAAGCAGGCGACUGUGCUGUUUAUGUCGUCAUGGAGCAGUAGCACAUUUCCAAGAGGCUCACCCAGGACACGCCUGCCCGGGGGUUUUUGCUCCAGAGAAGAAGCUCUUCCUCUGGACUCAAUGGAACGUACAAAGUCUUCACCAGUGGCUGGGCAGGAAACUAAGAGGCAUUUGCCAGAAUUGGGAAACAUCUCUCAGCAGACAUUGAUUACAGCGGUGAAGGCAAAUAUUAGGAUGGGUGAACGAGGAUUAGGACUCAUAGUCAUACAGAAUGGGUCAUAUCUCCAGAUAACAAGCCUUGUUGAGAAAAGCUCUGCAGCUAACGACGGAAAGCUAAAACCAGGUGAUGUUCUAGUAAAAAUUGGACACGCUAACGUUAUAGGAUGGACUCUGCGAGAGCUCAGGCAGCUCCUGCACAAUAUUCCUAUAGGAACUACUCUGCAAAUCAAAGUUUACAGAGAUUUAGUUGAAGUACCUCAACACUGGCAAAGUGCAGCAGAAUUAAUUCCUGAAGUAAAGCUUCCUGUGAUGACAGCAGACACAAGUGACGAUGCUGAGGACGAAGAUGAUACCAAGUCAAGUAGCGAUGAUGAUGUAAACUUGGAAACUUUUCAGCAUAAACCUUUCCAGCCAUAGCACUGAA